AUGUCCGAGAAAGAUAAAAAAACAACGUUCAAGAGGAAAUUUAUUUCUUUAGAAGUAAAGAUACAAAUCUUGGAUCGUCUUUUGAAAGGAGAAAAAGCAUCUCACAUUGGAAAAAGCCUUAAUUUGAAUGAAGCAACAGUCCGGACUAUCAAGAAAAAUGAAAAAGAAAUAAGAAGUGCAGUUGCUGCAGGAUCAUUGACAUCCGCAAAACAUGCAGCUCGCCCUCGGGCGCCAAUAAUUGAGAAAAUGGAAAAGGCACUCAGCAUUUGGAUUGAUGAUUGCUGUCAAAAAAGAAUUCCAUUAGAUGGCAAUAUCAUCAAACAAAAAGCACUAAAAAUUUACAAACAUCUUAAAGAACAAGGAGAAUCCUCUGUCAACCCAGAUUUUGUGGCAAGUAAAGGUUGGUUCGAAAAAUUCAGGAAACGUUUUGCAAUCCAUAGCAUAAGAAUCCAAGGAGAAUCUCAUGAAACCGUUAGGACGUAUCCCGAAAAAAUUCAAAACAUUAUAGAAGAGCAAGGAUACACAGCAGAUCAAGUUUUCAAUGCCGACGAAACUGGGCUUUGGUGGAAAAAAAUGCCCACUAGAACCUUUAUAUCGAAAAAAGAAAAAACAGCACCCGGAUUUAAGGUGUCUAAAGAUCGUCUAACGCUCCUUUUGUGCAGUAAUGCAUCGGGGGACUUUAUGACAAAACCCUUGCUAGUUUAUAGAUCUUUAAAUCCUCGUGCACUUAAAGGUGUAAAUAAAAACACCUUACCGGUAUAUUGGAAAGCAAAUCCAAGAGCUUGGGUAACUGGAAAUUUAUUUAAAGAUUGGUUUUUAAAUUGUUUUGUGCCAGACGUUGAACGUUAUUUAAGGCAGAAAAAUUUGAGCUUGAAGGUGCUAUUACUAUUAGAUAAUGCUCCAUGUCACCCACAAGAUUUGAAUCAUCCCAACGUCAAAAUACUGUUCCUACCACCUAACACUACUUCGUUGCUCCAACCAUUGGAUCAAGGUAUUAUUUAUACCUUUAAAACGUAUUACAUAAGAAGAGCUUUAGAGUGGAUUUUAGACGUAACCGACUCAAAAUCAAUUAAUGUAAUGGAAGCUUGGAAGAAAUUUUCAAUCAAGCACUGUAUCGACAUCAUAUCUUUGUCGCUGAAAGAACUGAAAACAUCAACGUUAAAUGCGUGUUGGAAGAAGAUAUGGCGCUCUUCAGUUGAAAUAGAAAACGUGCCUGAAUCGUCAGAAAAUGAAAUUGGUGGCAUAUUAGAACUUGCUAAAUCAAUCGGAGGCGAAGGUUUUGUGGAUAUGACUAUUGAGGACGUUCAAGAUUUAUUAGUGGAAGGAGAAGUUGACGAAGCGGAUUUGAUGGAAAUGGCAUCCGAAGCUGUAAAUCAAAUCGAUUCUGAGGACACUAGUACUGAUGAAGAUUGUGCAGUUAAUAAUUUAACAUUAAAAAAAUUAAAAGAAGGCCUAAGCUUAGCUGAAAAUCUCGAGUCAUUUUUCUUGAAUGCAGACCCUUCUACUGAAAGAAGCCGAAAAUUCAAAAUGGAGCUGCGAAACUGUUUAGCUCCAUACCGAGAAAUUUACAAUGACCUAGUAAGAACCAGCAACCAAAGUACAAUUACAAAUUUUUUUAAGAGGGAAGAAGAUGCAAGAACUUUAAAUGAAGAAAAAAGUUCUGAAAGUGAAAGCGAUAUCAUUCCACCGAAAAAACGUUCUCGGUUGAUUAUACAUACUGAGCAGUGA